CGAAUAUUCAUCAAAGCGUACGUAGAGAUGGAGUGUAUAAUAUUGCAGUUAGAAACCGUACCUGUUCUCUCUGUCCCUGCAGAUCUGGGUGCACAGCGCUCAUAACGGCAGCGGUUACUACAGCGGUUACGGAGAGGAGGUCCUCCAAUCGGAUCACUUUAACUCCAGGCUGAGCUUCGGAGACACGCAGACGACGUGGGCCAGGACGGGGUACCUGGGCUUCCUGCGCCGCACCGAGCUCACCGACGCCAACGGGGAGAGGCACGACGCUCUGUUCGUGGUGGGCGCUCUGGAGGAGGCCAUGGAGCUGCGGGGGAUGAGGUACCAUCCCAUCGACAUCGAGACCUCCGUCAUCCGCGCACACAAGAGCAUCAUGGAGUGCGCUGUGUUCCCCUGGACCAACCUGCUGGUGGUGGUGGUGGAGCUGGAGGGCUCGGAGCAGGAGGCGCUGGACCUGGUUCCCAUGGUGACCAAGGCGGUGCUUGAGGAGCACUACCUGAUCGUGGGCGUCGUCGUGGUGACGGACAUCGGCGUCAUCCCCAUCAACUCCCGCGGCGAGAAGCAGCGCAUGCACCUCCGCGACGGCUUCCUACAAGACCAGCUGGACCCCAUCUACGUGGCCUACAACAUGUAGCCUGAGUGUGUGUGUGUGAGAGUGUGUGUGUGUUCAGGAGUGAGCGAGCAUGCGUGUGUAUGCCGUGCAUAUCGCCGUUGUUGUUCAUUUAUUUCCCAGAAUCAAGAUGUACUGUAUUUUUGAACCUGCAUAUGGUGUGGUGUUACGUCGUCGUUUUUUCUUUAAAGUCGUGUUGUGCCGGUUGAUUGGCUGAUUGCUUGAAUGGUUGAUUGAUUGGUCAUUUUUACACCCCGUUCAAUCUCGUGGCCGUUACCGGGAGCUCGUCACUGUAGAAAGCCUUAGGGGAACACUGUGUCGGUCCUCACACCGUUUUUAGGAGGUCUUAGGAGGUACAAAUAGAGAGAUACAAAUAUAAAAGACUGUAUCAUGUUUGACUGAUCGAAUCGGGAAAAAAAAAAUGUUUUCAAUUAGAACAGGGUUAGCCAGAUAAUUGUAAAAAUAUAAAUAUUGUACAUAGACAUAAUAAUCUAUAUGGAGAGGUACCUAAAACACAGAGGUAUAGUAGCCCCUAUAUGCAGCUCUCUCCACCUGCACCCUGUGUGUGUGUGCGUGUGUGUGCAGAGUGUGUGUCUCUGUCUGAGUGUGUGUUCAUCAUGUCAAUGUGUGACAGGGACAUUUUACAUACUUUUAAUGUGAUUUACGCGACAGAUUUUAUCCUCAGAAGAAGAAAUAGGAAAGAGAAAAUAUGGAAAUGAGACACAAACUGAAAACAUCCAAAAAACGAAUAACUACGUUUUCUCAGAUUGGAAAGUCUCACAAUAAAUGCAUUGAUUCAAGCUCGAUAGACAUUACCAGCUUUUGUCUCGUGUGAAAUGUUUUGACCAUGCAGAAAAACAAUUUAAGAACAAUAUACGUGCAAUGUGUAUCAAUAGAAAGAUGAUUUAAAGCACUCUGCAAACAUAUGCACAAUAAUCUACGUUUUUCAUCAUAUUGCUCGCAGUAAACCUGAGAAAUGUAGUCCAAAGUUUCUCGUCAAGCGAAAUGCACUGUGUGAAUACUAAAGUGGGAAUAUUGUAGUUAUUUAAAGGGCCUAUGGGAAGAGUUUAUCCGCACCAGGUGUAGUAAUCCACGCCUAAUGGGAACUGUCAGUGACGCUGUGGGUUUUAUAGAGAAAUGUAUUGAGAAAUAAUUCAUAAGCUUUUGUUUACUUCUCUGUGGAUACACACAUCGCCUCAUCGCUCAUGUUUUUUGUCUUUUUAUCAGAAGAAAGGAGAAACUUUAUGCAUAUCAGGAGUUGCUUAGCGCUUGUUUGGCUAACAGAGCAGUUUGGGUUUGUUGGUAGCAGCGUAGCGGUCAUGUUUCAGUCCCUAUGUGUGUGUGAGUGAAUGUGUGUGUGUGGUGGAGGAUGUCAGAUAAGAAGGAAAAUCCCAUCAGAAACCUGAAGGGCUUGAUGGGAGAGAGACUGCAUGGUGUGUGUGUGUUCAGUGUGUAUGUAUAUUGUAUGUAAAUAGUGUUGAUUUUGUACGGUACAAGUGUGUGUGACUUGUUUUGUACACAUGAUAAAAAGAUUAAAUGACACUUUUAUAAGAGCCUGCUAUUGGCUCACAGUCACACUAUACAGUGCAAUAAAGUGCUUUGAUUGGCUAAAACUCA